AUGGGUGUGAGCAGUGGACAGAAUCCUUCGCCGCAGUUCUCGCUACGUCUCGCCGAAGAUGGAAAGAUCACAUUUGUGGAGCAGAGAGCAGCAGCACUGCUUGCCGUACCCACUGAACAGAUUCUGGGACGUUACUGGUGGCAAAUUAUGCAUCCUGCAGACGAACAAACUGUUCGCGAUACAUUCCUGCACAUCUUACAAGACCAAGGAACGCAAAUUUCAGCUCGGCUAAGAGCACGUGGCGGAUGCCUGCCGUGCAUGGUCACUGCUCACAGAUUUUUGAAUCCCUAUUCGGAGCAAUUCGAAUAUGUGGUUGCCACUCAUAUGAUCCUUUCGAAUGGCGAGGGGAAUUGGCAGUGUGGUACACAGCAAUUCCCGACCACGACGCCCUCGGAAUUCGAUCCCUCGUCCAACGUUCAAUGGUGUGCUCCAACCGGUGCACGACUGGAUGGUCCCACAAGGAGUAAUAUGUGGAAUGCCGGACAAUGGGAGCAGUAUGGACAACGAUAA